UGCAGAAACAUGCAGACAGAAAGAUGAAGAAACUGAGCAACAGAGAGACCUGACAGAAGUGAAGGUGGAGUGUAAAGAAAUUAAUGAAGUGGAGGAGGAUCAUCAGUAUAAGAGACCUCAGAAGAUCAUAACAGGAGAAAAAUCAUUGAGUUGCUCACAGAUCGAAAGCGAUUUCUCCCAGAAAAGAACAGGAGCCAAUAAACCACCAUUCAUCUGCCCUCAGUGUGGGAAGUGUUUCACACUCAAAGUGAACCUUAAAAGCCACAUCAAAAUCCACACCGGAGAGCGUGAUUUCAGAUGCCUGCAGUGCGGCAGUAGCUUCUUCAAAAACGCAGAUCUGAAGAGGCACCGGCGAACACACAGCGGAGAGAAGCCAUUCAGCUGCCCUCACUGCGGGAAGAGCUUCACUCGCAAAGAGAGCCUGGAGAAUCACAUCCGAAUCCACACCGGAGAGAAGCCUUUCACCUGCCUGCUGUGUGCCAAGAGCUUCAUACGCAAAGGACACUUCAAGAACCACAUGCGCGUUCACUCCGGAGAGAGGCCGUUCACGUGCCACGAGUGUGGGAAGAGCUUCACGCAGGCCACCAUCCUCAAAAACCACCAGCACUCGCACUCGGGAGAGAGACCGUUCGGCUGCGGCCAGUGCGGGAAGAGUUUCAUUUCAGCCAAGCACCUGAAGAUACACCAGAAAAUUCACCAGAAGCUUUUCUUGUGCUCUUUCUGUGGAAAGAUGUUCUCGCAGCUGGGCUACCUGAAAGAGCACCAGAAAAUACACACCGGCGAGAAAGCUCACAUGUGCUCGGUGUGCGGGAAUAGCUUCUCUAGAGCCAAAUAUCUGAAAGAGCAUCGAAAGGUCCAUACGGGAGAGAAACCCUACAAGUGUUCACAUUGUGCCAAGAGCUUUAGUCAGUCAGGGAACCUGAAAAUACACGAGAGAGUUCAUACCGGAGAGAAGCCGCACCGCUGCCCGCCGUGUGGAAGGAAUUUCAUCACAUCCAGCGCUCUGCUGUCUCAUCGAAGGAGAUGUCGCCAAAAGUUUUCGUAGUGAGCAGAAGUCAGUAGUGGGAAAUUCUAUGAACUGAAGUGUCAUUUG